AUGAGUUUAUGGGUUGAUGAGUAUAGACCAAAGUCACUUGAAGAGCUAACAUAUAAUUCAGAGUUAACAAAAAGGCUCAAAAUUUUGGCGUCUUCGGAAGAUUUCCCCCACUUGCUCGUAUACGGUCCUCCAGGGGCAGGAAAAAAGACGCGUAUUUCUUGUCUCUUAAGAGAGUUAUACGGUGAAGGUGCUCAAAAGCUUAAAACUGAUGUACAGACUUUUACUACUAACUCUUCUCGAAAACUUAGCAUAACUGUUGUUUCAAGUAAACAUCAUCUUGAAAUAACUCCAAAUGAGGUUGGAUUUUCUGAUCGAGUAGUUGUUCAGGAAUUUCUAAAAGAUGUCGCUCAGACGAAACAAGUCGAUUUAUCUAUUAAACACGUUUUCAAGGUCGUUGUUGUACAUGAGGCUGAUUUGCUCUCAAGUGAAUCUCAAGCUGCACUUCGUAGAACCAUGGAAUUAUAUAUGUCGAACGUGAGGCUCAUUUUGUGUUGUAAAUCUCCAAGUAAAAUUAUUGAUCCAAUUCGUAGCAGAUGUCUGCUAAUCAGAAUACCUGCACCUACAAUUGACGAGAUAAUCGAUAUACUUUUAAAUAUUGCGAAAAAGAAAAAUGUCAAAUUAUCUCCAAAAGUUGCAAAAUUGAUUGCAGAUCAAUCUAAUCGAGAUCUAAGAAAAACCAUUCUCUCCUUCGAAUCUUUAUAUAUGGAAUAUGGUGAAUUGAAAGAUAAUAUUCGUUACAAAUUUACGGAUUGGGAAGAAACCAUUAAUGAUAUCGCUAAUAAAAUAAACCUUCAUUAUGAUCCUGACAGUUUAGAGAGUAUACGAAAUUCGCUUUAUGAAUUGUUAAAUACUUACAUUAUGCCUUCAAAUUUGAUUAAGUAUAUUUUCCUGGCCAUUGUGAGAAGAGCUGACGAAAGCGUCAAAAUCGAAAUUCUCGAAAAAGCGGCAGAAUUCGAACAUCGAAUUGUGUCAGGGUCGAAACCAAUUAUUCAUCUUGAAGCUUUUGUGAUUAAUGCAAUGUAUAUAAUUGGACGGUAA